AACGUGAGUGAAAACUUGGAGUCGGUUUGUUGUGCUGGGAAAGUGUGUGAGCUCCAACAGAUGUGGUCCAUCAGAGCCUGUGUGUGUCCGGAUAAACCUGUCUCAUGGACUUUGUGCUGCUCACCUUCUUUCUGAAUGUUUUACCUCGGACUCAUCUCCGGAAGCUACAAAGCUAAUGACGCUAGCUUAGCAUGCUAGCUGCUUAGCAACAGUUUGAAGGAAAACAAACAGCGUUUUUGACGGAGUUUGUUCGGAGGAAAAGUUUCUGUCCCUGUGUGAAAAUGUCUAAAGUCCAAAUGCUGAGAGGGCUGGUGGAGCAGCGACUAACUGCGGCUGCUGAAGAGAUAUUUGGGCUGUUUGAAAGAACGAUAGCAGAGUACGAGGAGGAACUGUGUCGUUUAAAAGAGGAGAACGAGCGCCAACGGAAACGACUGGACGCUGUUUUCAGCCCUCAGCUCCGGCUGCACAGAGCAGAGCUCCCACAGCAACAUGUCUGUAAGGAGGAGGAGGUUCUCUCUGACCAGCAGCUCAACAUGCCAGUUGUAACCUCUGUGGAAUCAGAAGCAAACCGUGACCACCAGCUCCUCUCUCACAACUCUCAUGGAGCUGAGAGCCAAGACCAGAAAGGAGGCCAGCAUGGAGACUCAGGAUCAACUAGAAAUGCAGAGCCAGAACCAAAGAAGAGACGACGCAAGAGCAGAAGUCACAGCAACAACGUAGACAACACUAACAUAUCAGAGGUUCACUCUAAUACUCAAACAGAGCUCCCACUGCAACAUGUCUGUAAGGAGGAGGAGGUUCUCUCUGACCAGCAGCUCUGUAUUCAGGUGAGGAACUCCAGUCUGGACCGAGAGGACCCAGAGCCUCCACAGAUUAAAGAGGAACAGCAGCAACUCUGGACCAGUCAGGAGGGAGAGCAGCUUCAAGGGCUGGAGGAGGCUGAUAUCAAGUUCCCGUUCACUACUGUCCCUGAGAAGAGAGAAGAAGAUGAUGAAGAGAAAGCUCAGUCCUCUCAGCUUCAUGAAAGCCAAACUGAGGAGAACAGAGAGGCAGAGAGAACAGGACCUGAUGGAGAGGACUGUGGAGGACAAGAACCAGCCAGGAACUCAGAUCCAGAUAGUCCUUUACAACCAGCUACUCAUGAAAAGACUUCAGACUCCCCUGAAUCUGAAUCUGAGACUGAUGAUAGUGCAGAAUGGGAGGAGACUAGGGAACCUCAGACAGGUUUAAACCCUCUGCCAAACAAUGAAGAACCUGUAAGUGAUGUUGGAUGUAACACUGGAAACACAUCAGUUAGCUCCUCUGAAUGUACAGGAAGCUUUGGCCGCAAAAAACAUCUUCAGAAACACUCUGGAGCCCAAACAGGAGAGAAACCAUUUAGUUGCUCAGUUUGUGGUAAAAGAUACCUUCGGAAGAAAACCUUAACGACUCACAUGAAACUUCAUUCAGAAGAAAAAUGUUACACCUGCUCAGUUUGCAAAGCAAGUUUCUGUCAGCCUGGCAAUUUGGUUGUACACAUGAGAAUCCACAGAGGUGAAAAACCAUUUAGUUGUUCAGUUUGUGAUCAAAAAUUUGCACUGAAGCAAAAUCUGAGACGACAUUUGACUGUCCACACGGGAGAAAAACCAUUUAGUUGUUCACAGUGUGACAAAUCCUUCACAUCAGGAUAUUUAAAGAUUCAUCAGAGAGUUCACACUGGAGAGAAGCCGUACAGCUGUGAUCAAUGUGGGGAAACCUUUUCUCAGAGUAGUACCCUUAAAAAACACCAGCGCAUUCACACUGGAGAGAAGCCGUACUGGUGUGAGCAAUGUGGAAAAACCUUUUCUCAUAGUGGUAACCUUAAAAAACACCAGCGCAUUCACACUGGAGAGAAGCCGUACUGGUGUGAGCAAUGUGGAAAAACCUUUUCUCGUGGUGGUAACCUUAAAACUCACCAGCGCAUUCACACUGGAGAGAAGCCGUACUGGUGUGAACAAUGUGGGGAAACCUUUUCUCAUAGUAGUAGCCUUAAAAGACACCAGCGCAUUCACACUGCCUCAUUAGGAGUCAAACGUCACCGCUGUCAGCAGUGUGACAAAUCCUUCACAUCUGGAUAUUUAAAGAUUCAUCAGAGAGUUCACACUGGAGAGAAACCGUACAGCUGUGAUCAAUGUGGGGCAGCUUUUUCUCAGAGUUGUGACCUUAAAACUCACCAGCGCAUUCACACUGGAGAGAAGCCGUACAGCUGUGAACAAUGUGGAAAAACCUUUUCUCAUAGUAAUUGCCUUAAAAAACACCAGCGUAUUCACACUGGAGAAAAGCCGCACUGGUGUGAACAAUGUGGAAAAACCUUUUCUCAUAAUAGUCACCUUAAAAGACACCAGCGCAUUCACACUGGAGAGAAGCCGUACUGGUGUGAACAAUGUGGGGAAACGUUUGCUCAGCAUAGUAACCUUAAAACUCACCAGCGCAUUCACACUGGAGAGAAGCCGUACAACUGUAAACAAUGUGGGGAAACAUUUUCUCAUAGUGGUAACCUUAAAAGACACCAGCGCAUUCACGCUGCCUCGUUGUGAACAUGUUUCAGAGCCAAGCUGUUUCUUCCUCCUCAUGCCCUGAUAGCUGUGUUGUUAUAUUCUGAUCUUCUCUCCACAUUGAAGGCUGACCAGCAGUAACUUUAUCUUCUGAUCAACAUGUAUGUUAUUGUGGAUCAGCUGGACUGUUUUCUGCCUUUCCUCAGAACCCUUUCCCAUUUAGGCCCCAGAAUCGGUGCCUAAACCCAUCCUUUUAAAAAUAUAUUUUUUAAAUGUAUAUAUAUAAAAAAAAAAAAAAAGGAGCACAAAAAGACAGUCGACAUUUAAGAACGGCUUCUUUAUUGCUA